AUGACGGAGGUGUCGAUGUGUGGCAGCAGCGUCUCUGAGCUGAGUCCGGAUGAGGAGAGAAUCAUGAUCAAAGACAUUGCUCUCGCAGCCCAAGCUAACAGCAAAGAAGGAGACACCUUCUUCUUAAUCACUCAGAGAUGGUGGCAAUAUUGGAUUGAAUAUGUGAACCAAGACCAGUCAAACACUUCAUAUGAUGGAUCUUCCUUAUCAGAACAUUGUGAUUUGGCCAAUUCAACUGCUUUAAAGAGGCCAGCCGGUAUUGAUAAUUCUGAUUUGAUAGAUGAUGCUGUAUCCGAGGACUCUGGUAUGGGUAUUGAGAUUCAUGAUACUCUUCUGGAAGGACGUGACUAUGUAUUACUUCCCCAAGAAGUCUGGGAUCAAUUAUUUAGAUGGUAUGGUGGUGGCCCUACAUUGGCAAGGAAAGUUAUUAGUUCAGGUCUUUCCCAGACUGAAUUGGCUGUAGAGGUGUAUCCUCUGCGUCUUCAAUUACUAAUGUUGCCAAAAAAUGACCGUUUUGCUAUAAGAAUAAGCAAGAAGGAAACCAUCGGACAGCUUCACAGAAAAGCUUGUGAAAUAUUUGAUCUUCAACCAGACCAAGUGUGUAUUUGGGAUUACUAUUCUCGUCGGAAGCAUGCUUUGAUGAAUGACAUGGACAAAACUCUUGAUGAUGCUAAUUUACAAAUGGACCAAGACAUUCUUGUUGAGGUAAUCAAUAAUUCAAACAACACAAGUUUUGCUCAAGAAAAUGGUUCUGCACUGAGGGAAGCGAAUUUAGCUCUUGUGGAGCCUCCAAAGUCAAGCUUAUCAAUUGCUGGUGGCUUAUCUGCUAGCAAAGGUGCAUCUAGAGGCUACAACACAGACCUUUCGUCAUCCAUGAACAUAAAUUCUCCGGUUAGAGAUGUGGAAAACCCUUAUGGAACCAGUGGUGUCACCACAAGAGGUUCAUUUGGUGGUCUGACUGGGUUGCUGAAUCUUGGCAAUACCUGUUACAUGAAUAGUGCAAUACAAUGCCUUGUUCAUACACCAGAAUUCACUAGGUACUUCAGGGAAGACUAUCAUCGAGAGAUAAAUUGGCAAAAUCCAUUGGGCAUGGUUGUAAGUAUCAUCUAA